ACAUGAUAAUUGGGUGCGAUUGGUAAUGGCUGUAGCUUUAAAAUUUUUGCUGUAGAAAAAAAUCUGUAGACUUUUUGAUGUGGCUUUAGAUUUUAUUGCUGUAGAAUUUUAUGGAAAGCACUAAACAAUUGCUUUGAAUAUUUGGCUCUGCAGAGCACUUGUACAGCUGUAGAUUAAUUCAAGAGCUGUGGUUUCAAAAAAAAAAAUUAAAGCUUGAUUGCUUUGAAUUUGGUGCUGUGAAAAUAAAUAGGGCUGUAGACAGCACCUACAGCAACUACCAAUCACCCCCCUAGAGCACUUAUUUUUUGCUUUAGAAAAUUUAUAUGUAAGCCAUUGAAUCUUUUAAAACCUACAACUAAUAUUCUACAGCAAAAAAAAUCUACAACUUUCUAAAGCAAAAAUAUAAAAAAGCUACAUCUUCUUCCAAUCAUUUCCAAAGUUGCAAAUAUUUGUCUUUAUGUUUUAAUAAAAAGAUAACUAUUAUCUCCGCUUUAAGCUAUACGCUAAAAAAAGAAAACGAAUAUAUCCAGAAGUGAAAACUCUAAAUAUGUAUAUAUAUAUAUUAUUAAUAUGCGAUUAUACGUAUAUAUCUCAUAUUUUAAUAUGCCACAUUAUGUGUGUUAAUUAGAUUCAAAUUUAUAAUAAAAAAAAUAUGAUUUUCAGCUAAAUUCUCGUUGUGUCAAUCUCUAUUAUUUCUUUAGCUUUCAUCUCAACAAAAGCAUGGCAGAGUCACUUACUCUCUCAGCAGAAGAAAUAACUUGAAGCUUGCCAAUUCGUUUCACAUCACUUAGUACGACGCCGUCUAGAGUGAAGAAUCUGCUUCUCUCUUGCCCUAAAGCGAGUUAGGGCUUAAGACAAAGUAGCACCACUUUUGAUUUGUGUCUCUUUGUUACGUUUUUGUCGGUUUGUGUAACCGAUCAACUCAAGCUAUUGGCUCCUCACUCACUGAAACUUGACCAAAGUUUAUCUUCACCCUCACAAUAUCAUUAUAUAUGAGCCACAAGAAAAAGAAUCAGUAGAUGUGACGGUCAUGGACGGUGGUUACGAUGAAUCCGGAGGAGCUUCUCGAUACUUCCACAACCUCUUUAGGCCUGAGCUUCACCACCAGCUCCAGCCACAACCUCAUCUUCAAACUCACCUUCAACCUCAGCCUCAUUCAGAUGAUGAAUCUGACUCCAACAAGGAUCCGGGUCCACCAGAUUCUGACCCGGUUACCUCGGGUUCAUCUCAGGGAAAGCGUUCACGUGGACGUCCUCCGGGAUCUAAGAACAAGCCGAAGCCACCGGUGAUUGUGACAAGAGAUAGCCCUAACGUGCUUAGAUCUCAUGUUCUUGAAAUCUCAUCUGGAGCCGACAUAGUUGAGAGCGUCAACACUUACGCUCGCCGGAGAGGGAGAGGUGUCUCCGUUCUCAGUGGUAACGGCGCGGUGUCUAACGUCGUUCUCCGGCAGCCGGCAACAACUCAUAGGAGUAAUGGUGGAGUUGGAGCCGGAGCUGGAGGGGUUGUGACUUUACAUGGCAGGUUUGAUAUUCUUUCCAUGACUGGAACGGUUCUCCCACCGCCUGCGCCGCCGGGAGCCGGUGGUCUGUCAAUAUUUGUUGCCGGUGCACAAGGUCAGGUGAUCGGAGGAAGCGUGGUGGCUCCGCUUGUGGCUUCAGGUCCAGUGAUACUGAUGGCUGCAUCCUUCUCUAACGCAACUUUUGAGAGGCUUCCGCUAGAAGAUGAAGGAGGAGAAGGUGGAGGAGGAGGAGGUCCACAACCCCCUACGUCAGCAUCACCACCUUCCGGAGCUGCUCAGGGAGAUUUAAGAGGUAAUAUGAGUGGUUAUGAUCAGUUUUCUGGUGAUCCUCAUUUGCUUGGUUGGGGAGCUGGAGCAGCUUCAAGACCAUCUUUUUAGAUUUGAAAAACAAAUAUGUAUGUCAAAUAGCUAUAACUUUUAAAUUUGAAAAUAAGAUAAUCAUUUCAUGAUGACAUGUUCUUAAUUAUUUAUGUGUUCUUUUGGUUUUGAAUUUAGUUUAUCAUGAACAUUUGGAUUCGUAUGUGGAUAUACAAUUCACCAUCUACAUUUCCUCUUCUUUUAUAUAUAAUAAAUAGGGUUCUGUGCUGAACUAUGAAAUAUUAUUUGUCAGAUGCUUGACUUCCCAAAAAUUGAUAUUAUAAGCAAUUUUUUUGUCAUAUGACUUGCCUUCUUAUUGAUCAAAGUCAUUGAGUUCACUCACACAUAGAUUUGGUUUAUAUUAGUAUGCACAAUCCCAUUUUAGGGAUAGCUAUGAAAGAUAAUCAUGUUAAUGUAUGUUUUUAUGCAUAUCAACCUGCAAAUCAAACAUCUUUCUCAUUUUCAGUUACCACAUAUUUGGAAUAAUCCUCAGGAUUGUAUAUUUGGGAAUGUUAAAAGUAAAUAUCUUCUUGUGAUUCAAAUUUCAUGUAUUUUUUUAUAUUAAAACUCUACAAUUAUUAAUUAGAUCUGAAGAAAUUGGUUUUGGAAACGAACCAACUUGGAAUAUGAAAGUUACAUGAGAAUAGUAAUAGUGUGUAAUACCUUGGACCAAGCUUCUUUGGAAAGGCAAUCAACUGAACGAAAAAAAUAUAUAAAACACUAAGUAAAUGAAAAUAGAUAAAUUCAUCAAACUCAACUAUUAGUAAUGGCCAUUUUCUUCAUUAUGUUAAACAAUUGUUGACAGUCUGAUAUAAACAUCAUCGAGUUCUUCUGACCAAUAAGCAGAAACAAAUUCAUAGCCUAACUGUUAAACUCCGUAUGAAAGGAAGACAAAAACCGUAUUACUUGCAAAUGAACCAAAAGUCAAUCCAUCAUCCUCUGUAACCAUUCCACCUCUUUAAAAUUCGUCGUCCUUGACAACCUGUUGUGAACCUCCUAAGCUUAAGUUCGGGGAUUCUCACCUUCAUCAAGCGAUUUUGGAACAUAUUGGUGUAUAUGCACAAUCCCUUUUUAUGGGAUAGCGAUGAAAGCUAAUCACUUAAUUUCUUUACUAUGUAUAUUAACUAACAAAUCAAUUUUAUUUCAUUCAUUUAGCUAUCACAUACUCCCUCCGUUUUUUAAUAUAAGUCGUUUUAGAGAAACUUUUUUGUUCCAAAUUAUAUGUCGUUUUCGGUUUUCUAUGUAAAAUUUAUUAAUAGUUAAUGUUGUAUGACCAAUGGUAAUAUAUCUUCUAUUUUUCUAUUGAUUGAAUUGUGGUUAGGUAAAUAAUUAAUGAUGUUUUUGUUUAGAAAAUAUAAAAAGUUAAUGAUUUUCUUAAUCUGCGUACAUAGCUGUAAAACGACUUAUAUUAAAAAACGGAGGGAGUAUUUAAAAUCCUCAAGAUUGUAUAUUUUGGGAAUAUUAAUUAUGAAUAUACAUUUUUUUGUUUUGAAUUUAAUGUAGUGAAAGAGCCUUCUAAAUUUUUUUAACAUAUUGAAAAACUUCAAAUAAAAAAUGUUUAGGAACUUAAUCCCUUAAUUUGAUGAUAUAUACGUUUUUAAUCAACUGUCUUCUUUGUGCGUGUUUCGAUGAGAUCAAUAUAAAUCUUUCUUCGAUUUUAUCAAUUAAUCGUGAAAAUAACGCUUCUAAAAAUUUACGGAAAAAAAAACGUUUUGAAAAUUUGAAAAAAGUUUUAAAGGAAGUGGUUACAACAAUAAAAACAUAUCACAACAAAAAAUAUUUAUACGUUA